GGUGUGUGGACUGUGCUCCGUGCUCCGGUGCAAUCGGCUGGAUUAUAUAUAUAUAUAUGCAGGUGUGGGUCAAUUGAGGAGUACGUUGUGUGCAGAGGGUUGUAGUGAUGAGUUUGUACGGCUCUCAGUCGGCGCUGAACCGCCGCUCGGUGUCUGACCGCCAAUACAUGGCUCGCUUCUCCGGUGAUUACUCCACCCGCAGCGAUGGAGCGGGAGACGUGUUCGUGUCGCAGCACGGAGCAGGAGGAGGUGAGAUGCACCUAUCAAGACAGCACCAGGCUGGGCAGCAGCAGUAUAUGGUCGGGGUUGGUGAUGGUGAGCUGCGCACGACCACCCAGAACCGAAUUACAUAUAGCUCCCUGAAGCCUCGGAUGUCGGAGAACAGGAACUACGACUUAACCCAACACGCCAGUAAUAGGGAUUCACUAAAAAGACAAAACCUGAUCCAAUGGACGACAGAUGAUUGUGUGAUGAACCUCAGUCGGGCAGAGGUACUACUCCAACAGGAUUUGAAUUCUUUCGAUAUUGGUAUGCCUGGAAGACACAGGUCAGAAAUUGAUGAAUUGUUGAAAGUGGCAGGCCAACAACUUGCAAAAAUUGAAGACCAUGUUGAAUAUUUAAGGCUUAAUGGGAAGCCUUUUGAUUCAACCCAACAAAGUGUGCAUCAUCUUCGUGGUCAGAUGCAUGCCAUUUCAAAGGUCAUCACUGAACGAUACGCUGAGCGAAUAAUUGAACGGAACCGGACAUUAAGGCACCACACCAUGCAAAAACCCAGAAAUUCCUGGGAUGAAGGGCUUUCAAGGUCGACUAAUGAGCUGUUUGGCUGGUUAAACCAGCAGAAGCAUGUUUUAGACACUCAAGAAUGGGGAGUAGAUGCAACCUCGGUAGAGCACCAGAUAAACGAGCAAAGAAGGUACCAUAGGAGCCUAGAAGACUUUCGCUGGAAAAUAGAUAGAGCCAAAAUGGAACUGAAAGGCAACUAUUCUGACAACAACAGAGAAAGCAUACUAGCAAUGGAAAGUGAAUACGAAAACAUUUUGAAAGCUUCAGCGGAUAGGCUUGAUCAACUAAGAAAGCUCCAGGACAUCAUUUCAGCCACCAGCCAGGAAAUUAUGUGGAUCAAUGAACGUGAAGAAGAAGAACUUGUUCACGAUUGGAGUGAUAAGAACACAAAGAUUGCUGAAAAACAAGAAGCUUUCUCUAUGAUGAUGAGCCAGUUGGAAGAAAAGGAAAAGCAAUUAAACAGACUCAAACAAGAAGGUGACCAGCUAGUAGCAAAUAAUCAUCCUGCAGCUGACAAGAUUGAGGCCUAUAUCGAUACUCUACAGACACAGUGGAGUUGGAUUCUCCAGCUUACCAAGUGCAUUGAAGUUCAUCUGAAAGAAAACUCCAGUUAUUUCCAGUUUUUUGAGGAUGCUCAAGCAACUGAAAACUCAUUGAAGAAAAUGCAGGACUCCCUAAGAAAGAAAUAUGCCUGUGAUAGGUCAACAUCACUGCAGCAAUUGGAAAAGAUGAUUGCAGAAUCAGAGAGAGAUCAAGAGAAAAUUCAUGAAUACAGAAGACAGGUGUCAAACCUGGUAAACAAAUCAAAGAAGAUAGUACAACUGAAACCACGCAAUCCCUCUAUUAGUACUGAUCAUCGGGCCCCGAACCAAAUUGUCCUCAAGGCUCUUUGUGACUACAAACAGGAUCAGAGGGUUGUCCAUAGGGGAAAUGAAUGUAUUUUGUUGGACAACUCACAACGCAGUAAGUGGAGGGUGAUAGGACCUGGUGGGAUGGAAAUGAUGGUUCCGUCUGUUUGCCUUCUCAUCCCACCUCCAAAUCCUGGUGCAAUUGAGCUUGCGAACAAAAUUGAUCAGUAUUACGAGGCCAUCCUUGCUCUGUGGAAUCAAUUGUAUAUUAACAUGAAGAGCUUGGUAUCUUGGCAAUACUGCUUGAGGGAUGUCGAAAAGAUACGCAGUUGGACCAUUUCAGUGUUACGGACAAUGUCUCGUGAGGAUUAUGAGCUCAUCAUAAGAAACCUGGAAAGUAACUUUAAAAAUUUCCAGCUGUACAGUAAGGAUUCGCAAUACUUUACUGAUGCAGAUAAGAGAAAACUGGAAUCUGAUUUUGGCUCAAGCAAGAAGCACUACGUAAACUUGGUGACCGUUUUGGAGGAAGAAAGAACUCAUGGACAGGGACAAGUAAUAGUACCAGUAGUAACAUCACCACAACAAUCAGCAUUGCCAAAGGUUGACAUGAGUUUCCAACAGGAACUCCAGAAGAUUCGUCGCCGUUUGGAACAGAAUGAGCAUAAAAUGAUGCAAAAAAUACAUCUCCUCAUUGAUUCUAAUGUGCACGGGGACUUUGCACAAAGGAUGUCUGAGUUAGAGCUUGCGCAAGAUGAAUUGAAUACAAUUGAUGAUGACUUUGUCAGCCUACAGAAAAGGUGGUAUAAGUCAUCUAAUAUGUCAAGUGAGUCAAGAGCAUUCUUUGAAACGGAAUUUGGCCUGAUAGGCCAAAGACUGAAGAAUGGUAGUGAUUUUUCUUCUGCCUAUUUAGAGAGAAUGAAAGCACUGAAGUUACUCUUUCAAAAUAUUCUUGAGGCGGAGGAUGUGAUAAAAGUUUAUGAAGCUAGACUAACUGAAGAGGAAACAGUCCCAAUGAGUUUGCAUAAAAUAGAGUUAUACCAAACCAACCUGAAGAAAAUGAAGAGUGAACUGGAUCAGAAGAAGGACUUAAUUAUGUCGAUGCAGCAAAAUAUGCAGGAAUCCCUCCGUAUCGAUGAUAACAUAAUGCCAUCUUUCUACAAAUGUGAUAUCGAUCUUACUAAAUAUAAUGAAAAGAUCACGCAGCUAUCUGACCGAUGGCAGAGAAUUUACAAAGAAAUUGAUAGCAGAAGUUUGGACCUAGAAAAGGAACAUCGGCUGCUGAAAGAAUAUGGAGAGUUGUUCCAGAACCUGAGCAAGUGGAUCGAUGUAACAAAGCAGAAACAGGAUGCAUUGCAGGUCAAUAGAUUUGGGGAUACAAAUGCCCUUGUGGAUCAGCUAAAUGAGCAGAAGAUGUUGUACUCUGAAAUAAAGAGCAAACGUGGAAAUGUUGAAGACUACCAAAAACAUGCAGACCGAUGUGCAACAUCAGUAAAGGAUUAUGAGCUACAACUAGCAUCAUACAGCGCUGGUCUGGAAACGCUGCUUAAUAUCCCAAUCAAAAGGCAACUGGCACAAUCAAUUUCUAGUACAAUUCUUCAUGAGUCUGCAGAUCUGCAAUCUCGUUACAUAGAACUUCUUACGAGAUCUGGUGAUUACUACAAGUAUCUAAGUGAGAUGCUGAAGAACAUGGAAGAAGUAAAGAUAAAAAACACAAAAAUAGAACUUUUGGAAGAGGCACUUAAACAUGCCCACGAUGAGAACGCUGAUAGUAUUCAGCAGAAGAAGUUUCUUGAUCAACAUUUGAGCCAGGUUCAAACUGAGUAUACAGACUUCAGGAAAAGGAUUAUGAUCCUAGAGGAGCAGAAGAGAAAUGCUGAAUUGGACCGUGAUACCAUAAAGCAGAGGGAGGAUGCAUACCUUCUCCAAAUAAAAGAAAUUCAUGAGAAGAUUACAAAACUGACAUUUGAAAUUGAUGAGGAAAGAAGAAAGAGAAAAGCAGCUGAGAACCGUUAUGAUCAGCAAAAGGAUGAACAUGACAGUGCCUUCCGAGUGAAGCAGAAGGAACUGGAAGAGACAGUGUGGCUAAAAUUGGAGAUUGAGAAAUCAAUCAAAGACAAAGAGAGAGAGGUAGAAAGGCUUAAUAAGGCAUUGCAGGAAGAAUCUUUAAAAAGGAGACAGUUUGAAAGUGAACUAGAUAAGCUUAGGGACAAGUUUGAGCAGGAAAACAGGAUGUUGAAGUCACAGAUUGAAAAAGAGGUCCACGUAAGAGAAACCACAAUUGAAAAGCUAACUGUAAAAAAGGAAGAUGAUAUUGCAACUUUGAAAAUUCAGUUGGAGAAAACUUUGAAAGAUAAACAGGAUCUCAUGCAAGAAAUAGAACGAUUAAGAAGUUCUAUCAGAGAAACGGAAUUCAAUAGAAAAAGGGCAGAAAGUGAUUCAUUGCAGCAGAAAUCAGCUUGUGUUGAGGAAUCCAGAAGGAGACAGGAACUUGAAAUUGAAAUUCAAACACUCACGAAACUUAAAACAGAGGAAACACUGAGGCUUAAAUCACUUCAGCAGGAUACAUCCAAGGCUAUACAAGACAAAGGAAAGGAGAUUGAAAAACUAAGAAUUUUAUUAGAGGAAGAAGUCAACAAACGGAAACAUUUAAUCAAUGAAAAUGAUAAAUUAAAACAAUUGCAAAUUGAUGCUCAGAAGAAGGACACAGAAAAACUUACCAAAAUUAAAACUACAGAGCAUGAGAUUACAGUCAUAAAGAUAGAACAUGAGAAAUUAUCCAGAGAAAAAUCCAGACUGGAACAAGAAAUUGCACAUCUCCAGAACAGUAUAAGGGAAGCAAAUAAUGAUAGGUAUAAGACAGAUGAGGAACUAGUACAACUAAGGAGGAAUGUAUUUGAAGAAUCUUCAAAGAGAAAAAGGGCUGAAGAAGAGGUUGAACACAUUGGAAAAAAAUGCAAGGAGCAUAAACUCACAAUUACUCAGCUCACACAACAGAUUGAGCAUAUCUCAAGCAUGAAGAAAAAAGUUGAAGAUAAUCUCUGCCAACAGCAGAAAGCUUUUGAUCAACAGCUGAAAGAGAAGAAUAUCAGCACAGGAGAAUUGAACAGACUGUAUGCUGAUGUAGAAAGGUUACGUCACCAGCUGAGUGAAGAACAGGAAAAUACAAGACAGGCUUGUCAGAAAAAUGAACAUUUCCAGAAAACUAUUGAAGAAAAAACCAAGGCUUUGAAUGAAAGAUUAAGCGAAAUAGAUAGACUGUGUUCAACUGUGGAAAAUCUCACAAAAGAACGACUGAAGCUGGAAGAAGAGUUAAGAAAUCUGAAGUCAAAUUUUGAUGAUGUUCAGAAAAUCCAAAGUGAAGCUGAGGAUGAUAAAUCAAAAACUAUCUCUGACCUGAGGUUCCAACUUGAACUAACCAACAAAAGAACCACUGACCUUCAAGGGCUAAUUAAUGAGUUAAAGAAUGAGAGGGAAAAGUUGAGACUGGAAGUUGAAACAUUCCAAAAGCAGGCUCUAGAGGCAACUAACAUGAUUCAACAGACACAUUCGGCUCAUAAAGACAUGUUGCAAGAAAAGGAAUCUCUCCUGCUGAAGAUCAAACUCUUGGAGCAAGAUAAAUCAAGACUUCAACGUUAUGAAGAUGAACUAAGUCGAAUAAAGGCACUGCUGGAAGCUGAAUCCCGCUUGAAGCUGCGACUUCAGGAUGAAAAUGAUGCGGUCAAAUCUGAUCUAAGUUACUGGAAGAAUCAAGCAGAAAUACGACAACUAGAAAAAGGAAAGACAAAUAGUGAGUUUGAACGUUUGAAAGCUGAAAUUGACAGACUGCAGACAGAACUGAGAAUGACUGAAGAAAGGUAUAGACUGAAACUUGAAGAAAGUGAAAGAGCAAAGAGAUCUGAACUGGAAGCACUGCGUAUUAAAACACAAUUAGAAAUUGAAAAACUCAGUCAGGAACCACCAACACUCAAUAAGCAGAUUCAGACAGAUUGUAUUGUUACGGUAGAUUCUUCAAAACUUUUAUUUGAUGGAGUCCGUAAAAAAGUCACAGCAAACCAGUUGUAUGAUUGUCAGCUUAUUGAUAAAGUAACUUUAGACCAGCUACUAAGAGGACAAAAAACAGUAAUGGAUGUUUCGGGUGAAAUUAAAUUGAGUCUUCAUGGGCUGGAAAACAUAGCUGGAGUCUACUCACAGAAAAAUGGAGAAAAACUCUCAAUGUCAGAAGCAACAAAAAGGAAUAUUCUUACACCUGAUGUGGCCUUGUCACUUUUAGAAGCACAGGCAGCUACUGGGUACAUCACCGAUCCAAACAAAAAUAAAAAGAUGACAGUAGAUGAAGCUGUUGCAGGGGGCCUUGUCGACUAUAAAGACCGAGACAAACUUCUGGCAGCAGAGAAGGCUGCAACUGGAUUUAAAGACCCGUUUACAGGAAAAGUUAUCUCCCUGUAUGAAGCAAUGAAAAAAGAUAUUGUUGACAGAGAGACAGGUCUCCGCUUGUUUGCGGCGCAGAUUGCAGCAGGCGGAAUAAUUGAUUCAAUGAACAGUGUAUUUCUACCAAAAGAGCUUGCAUAUAAACGUGGGCUGAUUGAUGCAGAAAUGUAUCAGACACUUACCUCUUCUUUUGAUGAUUCAAAAAUUUUUGUUGAUCCAAAUACAAAUACAAAAGUUUCCUAUCAACAGCUGAAAUUAGCCUGUCGAACAGAUCCUGGAACAGACUUGCUUCUUUUGCCAGUGCAAAAGAAUGAAAUAACAUUACCAGGGAUUAGAGCUGAUGUGUCACUAAACAAUCUUGUGCAGGCCGAGAUUAUAGAUAAAAAGACAGCUGAAGCUCUUCAAUCUGGAAGCCUAACACAAGAGCAAAUCUGUGACCAGUACAGAGGCUACUUGCAAGGCAACAGUAGUAUUUCAGGAGUGUAUGUUGAAGCCACAAAGGAGAAGCUUCCAAUCUACCUUGCCAUGAAGAAAGGCUUGCUGAGACAGGGCACAGCUCUUGAACUUCUGGAAGCUCAGGCAGCCACAGGACAUAUAAUUGAUCCCGUCAAUAACCAAAAGCUGACAGUUGAGGCUGCUGCUACGAAAGGAAUUAUAGGUCAAGAAUUCUUAAAGAAACUUCUUUCAGCAGAAAAGGCUGUUACAGGUUACAAAGAUCCUGAAACUGGUAAUAUUAUCUCAUUGUUUCAGGCAAUGAGAAAAGGCCUGAUUGAACACACACAUGGCAUUCGCUUGUUGGAAGCCCAAAUUGCAACUGGUGGAAUUAUUGAUCCAAAGUAUAGCCAUCGUUUGCCAGUUGACAUUGCUUACAAACGUAAUUACUUUGAUGAAGAACUGAAUGAAAUUCUGAUGGAUCCAAAUGAUGAUACCAAAGGCUUCUUUGAUCCCAAUACAGAAGAAAAUCUGACCUAUCUUCAAUUAAUGGAACGGUGCAUUAUUGAUAAAGCCACAGGCCUUUGUUUGUUGCCGCUGACAGAAAAGAAAAAGGAAUCCAAAACCACCAGAUCAUCUGCAGUGAGAAAGCGUAGAGUUGUUAUUGUAGAUCCUGAUACAGAUCAAGAAAUGACAGUACGUGAGGCCUACCACAAAGACUUAAUAGAUUAUGAGACUUUUCUAGAACUUUCUGAACAGGAGGCAGAGUGGGAAGAAAUAACAAUUACAGGAUCAGAUGGGACCACAAAAACAGUUAUUGUUGACAGAAAAACUGGCAAUCAAUAUGACAUUGAAGAGUCAUUAAAGAAAGGAUUAAUUGAUAAAAAGAGUUUUGAUGACUACCGCUCUGGAAGCAUGACACUCACACAGUUUGCAGAUAUGUUCACUGAUAAGAUCAAUGUCAGUACAAGUAACGAGAGUAAAACAAAUAGUUUAACAAACAGUUGUCCAAGUCCAUUGCCAACUUUAAAAAUAACAUCUUUUGAUUGUUCUGAUGAUUCCACUCCUAUUGCAGCCAUAUUUGAUACUGAAACAUUGGAAAAAAUAACAAUUUCUGAAGCCAUACGUCGUAAUAUUGUUGAUGCUAUUACUGGACAGAGGUUGUUGGAAGCCCAGGCCUGUACAGGAGGUAUAAUAAAUCCUGGAACUGGUCAAAAACUAUCCAUUCAAGAUGCUGUAUGUCAAGCUAUUGUUGAGGAAGACAUGGGAAGGAGACUAAAGCCAGCACAGAAAGCAUAUGUUGGUUUUGAUGAUGUGAAGAACAAAAAAAGGCUUUCUGCAGCAGAAGCAAUGCAAGAAAAUUGGCUACCGUAUGAAGCUGGACAACGCUUCCUCGAAUAUCAGAUAGCUACAGGUGGACUGAUUGUGCCAAAUGUUUCCGGACGAAUCACCGCUGACGAAGGAAUAAGAAAAGGCUUGAUUAGUGCCAAAGCAGCUGAGAAACUGCAAGACGCCAGUAGCCAUUCAAAAAGCCUAACCUGUCCCAAAACAAAAUUGAAGAUUUCAUAUAAAGAGGCAAUAGAUCGUUCUAUGGUUGAAGAUAAAACUGGUCUGCGAUUGUUGGAAGCAGCGUCAUUUUCAACAAAAGGAAUUAACAGUCCCUAUAAUGCAGGCGGCUUCUCUGGACCAAGUUCCCGUUCUGGUUCCCGUUCUGGUUCGCGUUCUGGUUCACGAAGCGGGUCGAGACGAGGAAGUUUUGAUGCCACCUCAUACACCACAUCUGUCAGUACAUAUACAACCUAUCUAAGCAGUUCUUCCAUACACUAAUCAUUUACUACAAAUAUCUAAAUAUUGUGCAUUUUCAAAAUAUGUUAAUGAUCCAAAUUUUUCUUUUUCUUUUGAAACUCUCAUGCUUUUAUUGUACACUGGUGCCCUGUUAAGAUCAGUAGCUAAAAAUUGCAGAGAGAAGAUUAAUCUGCAUCAAGUUUAGUAAUCCAUAUCCCAAGGUUUCUAAUAAUAAAAAAUUCAGUGUGAAACCUUUAUUUUAACGGAAAAGAUUCUAUUUUACAUAGCAUUAACUAUGUAUUAUAUAGCAGUUUCAAAAUGCCAUAGGUUGGUGCCAACGAAGAGAAACAGUUUAAAAAUGUCAAAUCUUUGGAGGAAUUUUAUUGUACAGAUUUAAUGUUUUACUCUGCAGUGAAAAGUUUCUGUACAGAGGAACAUAAGUUGAUCUUAAAUGGGCUCCGCUGUAGUGAAUGUAGUCUCAUACUGACUUGUAAUAGGACGUUUUUAGUUGCGGGGAGAGGAAUUUGUGCUUACAUUUUUUUUGAUGUAUGAUGAAUAUUCAGUACAUAGACUUUCUGGCCACGUGCUAAUGAAAAGGAGUGAUUUUUCAGUUUGUAUGCAUGCGGAAUUUUAAGAUUGUGUAUUCUUGCUUUUCUUUAUUAAUAAAGUUGCAUUAUUUGAA